AUGACCUCCGUCAGCGUGAACGCUACUACGACUCAAGUCUUAAGCACUUCCUCGCCGAUCUCUGUCGGGCCGACUAACAGCUACAAUGUCACAUCUUCUGGUUCGAUCACUUCGUCUGCAACCUCAAGCCCUAUCAGCUCUUCGACAACAUCGUCCGGUGUCUCUGUAGGCCCAACCAACAGCUCUAACACUACCGCGACCAUCUCUUCGUCGACCCAGUCGAGCUACAGCACAUACACAACACUCUGCACCGAGACCACGAACCGAACCACAUACACCACUACGCACACACACUCUGAGCCGAUCAGUACUUCUGCAUCGAUAUCGACUACGGAUUCAUCGAGCAGCAGCAGCGUUGGUUCUGCUACUCUGAUCACCUCAAGCUCUGCUUCCACGUCUCCGACCAGCAGCUCGCCAGGUAGCACUGUUAUUGUCACUGCUGUAACGACCACAUUCAUCACUACUUGCCCAUACGGCACCAUCGUGACGAGCGGAAGCGUGACGAGCACGAGCGUGGGUACAACCGUGUCCACCACGACAUCAACCUACUUGACGACUGUCACGAUCCCAGCCACAUUCAGCAAUGCCUCCAUCAGCAGCGUUGUCUCUCCAUCCUCUGCCGCUAAUGUUUCGUCAUCUGCGAGCAAGCCAAGCAGCAACUGGGGAGUCACAUAUACGGUGCCCGUCUCCGUGACGACCGCAACGCUCGUCCAGUCCAGCCUCCCGGCUUUCUUCAGCAGCUUGGGCGCAGCGAAGCAGUCCUCGCUCAGCGUCAGCGCUGCCACAUCUACUCCCGCUCAAGGAACUUUCACCAACACCAUCUACACUACUCUUACAACCACAAUUACGAGCUGUCCAGGCGGCUGUGAGCACCCGACCGGUGCUCCAGUCACACAGACUUUGACGACUGUGAUGUAUCUGACUACUGCCGUCCUGCCAACUCCUACCAGUUCUGCUGGGGGUGCGCAGUCUUCCGCUGCCGGCAAUGGUCCUGCACCGUAUGGUGGUCAAUCCGGCGCGCCUGCCUCCAGUGCCUCUACACAAGGUGCCGUCGGUCAGAGCUCUGCCGCUCCUGCAUCAUAUGGAGGUGCAUCGACUUCCUCCAGUCCUGCUGCCGGUGUCCUAGCUUCGUCCAGCCCAGCUGGCGGCGUGUCGACUUCCUCGAGCUCUGCCGCUGGUGUUUCGGCAUCCAGCGCAGCAGCCUCGUCGGUAGCAGCCACUCAGUACUCUUCUCCGGCCGCACCGGCUCAGUACUCUUCUCCAGCUGCCCCAGCUCAGUACUCUUCUGCAACCGCAUCAGCCGUCUCCGCGCCCGCUAGCUCGCCAAUAGGCGCCGUCCCGGCUUAUUCCGGCGCAGAAAAUGCUGCAACUCUGACAGCCAGCUCGACCUCAAUACUCUACGAGACAAUUGUCGUACGACCAACCCACUCAAGCAUGACCGGCGCACAGCCCACCGGUGCUCAACUACCACCAUACCCAGUUGGACCCGUAGGCAGCAGCAAUGGUACCGCAAAGGCGACUGCGUCCGCACCAUCUGCUGCCAGUUCAGGCAUACCCCAGCGCUCUAGUUACCCGACAGUGACACCUUACACUGGUGGAGCUGCAUCAAACGCGGUCAGCAUGUUCGCCUUGGUCGCGGCGAUCGUUGUCGCUGUCAUGGCAUUGUAG